UCAACCACACUUGUUUCUUCUUUCUUCACACAAGUCCCAAUCCAUUUCAAACACCUCAAAAAUGAUGACCCACAUCAAAGAUUUCUUUGCCGGAAUCUUGGACUCCGGUAAGAACAUCAACUUAUCCAACAAAAGAAAAAAACUCUUCUUAACUGCUUUUGCAUCAAUCCUACUACUCUCGGCUCUAAUCGGCAUUGUCAUCGGAGUCAAAUCUCGAAACUCCACCACAGAAAGCAUCAGAGUUUCAGCCUCCCAUGCCGUCGUAAAAUCAUCAUGCAGCGCCACCUUGUACCCAGAGCUAUGCUAUUCCACCAUCACCAGCCACCCCGAUAUGACCAAAAAGGUCAAAACUCAAAAGGACGUGAUCGAGCUUGCUGUUAAUAUAACAACUACUGCCGUCGAGCACAGCUACUUCCAGAUAAAGAAACUCACCAAUCGCCAAGGUCUGACGCAUCGCCAGAUCACGGCGCUGCACGACUGCCUGGAGAUGGUGUCGGAGACAUUGGACGAGCUCCACGAUGUCAUCAAAGACCUCGAAGAGUAUAAAACCAAGAAAUCACUCAGGCAGCAUGCCGACGACCUCAAGACGCUAAUGAGCUCCGCCAUCACCAACCAAGAAACUUGUCUCGACGGAUUCUCCCACGACGAAGCCGACAAGAAACUCCGUAAAUCGCUGGAAAAAAGCGAGAGGAGAGUGGAGAAGAUGUGCAGCAAUGCACUGGCCAUGAUUUGUAACAUGACGAGAACAGAUUUGGCGAAUGAGAGGAAACUUAACGGGAGGAACUUGAAGGAGGAACAGAAUAAUGCAUGGCCGGAGUGGUUAUCUACCGGAGAUAGGAGGUUGUUGCAGUCAGGGACGGUGAAGGCAAACGUGGUGGUUGCUACCGAUGGUAGUGGAAACUACAAGACGGUGGCGGCUGCGGUGGCAGCAGCGCCGUCAAAGAGCAAGACAAGGUACGUGAUUAGGAUAAAGGCUGGGGUGUACCGGGAAAACGUGGAGGUGCCGUCGUCCAAAACUAACAUAAUGUUAAUGGGAGAUGGAAGAAAGAAUACAAUCAUUACCGGAAGCCGUAGUGUAAAAGGUGGAACCACCACUUUCAACUCCGCCACCGUGGCUAUCGUAGGCGAUGGAUUCUUGGCACGUGAUGUAACCUUUCAAACACCGCCGGAGCUGCAAACCACCAAGCGGUGGCACUUCGUUAACCGUCAAUUUUACAUCAACUGUUUCAUCGCCGGCACCGUGGAUUUCAUCUUCGGCAACGCUGCAGCGGUGUUCCAGAACUGCGACAUCCAUGCACGCCGCCCUGGACCCGGUCAAAAGAACAUGCUCACGGCACAAGGCCGCACCGACCCUAACCAAAACACAGGGAUUGUGAUUCAAAAGUGCAGGAUAGGCGCCACUUCCGACCUCCUACCGGUGAUAGGGAGUUUUCCGACGUAUCUAGGACGACCAUGGAAACUUUAUUCAAGAACUGUGGUGAUGCAAUCGACGGUUAGCAAUGUGAUCCAUCCAGCCGGAUGGUUUGAGUGGGAUGGGAACUUUGCGCUUGAUAGUUUAAGCUACCGUGAGUAUCAGAACACAGGGGGUGGUGCUGCAACUUCCGGUAGGGUAAAAUGGAAAGGGUUCAAGGUGAUUACAAGUUCAUCAGAGGCUCAAGGGUAUACUCCGGGAAACUUCAUUGCAGGGGGUAGUUGGUUAAGCUCUACUACCUUCCCUUAUUCACUCAAUCUGUGA